AUGGAGAUCUGGGCAUUUUUGAUUGCUCUGCUGGUGGUUCUUCUGAUUUUGCACUCCCUGAAACAACUCCGGUCACGCAGGCAAUAUCCUCCAGGACCUUUUCCGCUUCCUCUCAUUGGAGGUUUGUGGCGAUCCGGGACGAAGCUUCGUGAAGAUACUUUCAUUAAGAUGGCAAAGGAAUAUGGCAACGUUUACACCUUUUGGGCAGGAAAUAUACCCCUUGUGGUCUUGUCUGGAUUCCAAGCAGUGAAAGAAGCUCUCAUUGACCAGUCUGAACAAUUUGAGGAGCGACCAGUGGUGUCUUUCUUUACAACAAAAGGAAAGGGUAUUAUAUUAUCAAAUGGUCACAUCUGGAAGCAACAGAGACGGCUUGGAGUGGUUACUAUGCGGAAGCUGGGACUGGGGAAGAAAGGCAUGGAGCACAAGAUAGCAGAGGAGGCCCGUCAGCUUGUGGAGGUCAUUGCACAAUCAAAGGGACAACCACUUGACCCCUCCAUGCCCAUCACUAAUUCAGUCUCCAACAUGAUAUGUGCUGUGGCUUUUGGGCACCGGUUUGCUCUUGAAGAUGAACAGUUCCGGAAGCUGAUAGAAGCCAUGGAUUUUGUCCUAAAAUUUCAAGGCAGCAUCCAGCAUUCUCUGUAUGAAAUAUUCCCAUGGCUCAUGAAAUAUCUCCCAGGGCCCCACAAGAAGGCCUUGUCCUGCAUGGAAAUGGUAGUUUCAUUUGCAAAGGAGGAGAUAGAGAAGCAUAAGGAGAAUCUGGCUCUGCAUGAACCACAGGAUUUCAUUGAUUUCUAUCUACUUGAGAUGGAGAAAAGCAGGAAUGACCCAGAGGCUACCUAUAAUGAAGAAAACUUGGCUCAGUGUAUCUUUGACCUCUUUAUAGCAGGGUCAGACACAACCACCAUUUCUUUGAAAUGGGCGCUUCUCCUCCUGGCAAGUCAUCCAGAUAUCCAAGAUAAAGUCUACAAGGAGAUAGAUGAUGUCAUAGGUUCUGCUCACUCAAUCAGCUAUCAAGAUAAGAAGAAAUUGCCCUACAUCAAUGCUGUGAUUCAUGAAACACAGCGCUUUAAAUAUGCCUUACUUUUUGGGGUUGUCAGGCAAUGUACAGAGGAUGUGAAGAUUCAUGGUGUCCUCAUUCCCAAGGGGACAGCUAUAAUUCCCGAUCUGCGUUCUGUUCUUCUUGAUCCCACACGAUGGGAGACACCAACAGAGUUCAACCCAAAUCAUUUUUUGGACAAGAACGGACAAUAUGUGGCUAGAGAAGAAUAUCUGCCAUUUGGUGCAGGGUCUCGCAUGUGUUUGGGAAUGCAGCUAGCAAAGAUUGAAAUAUUCCUCUUCCUGACCAGCCUGCUGAGAAUGUUCCGCUUCCAGCUGCCAGAAGGAGUGAAAGAACUCAAUCUAGAGGCUGUACCAGGGGGUACAACACAUCCCCAUCCUUAUAAACUCUGUGCUGUUCCCCGCUGCAAGGCGUAAUAACAUAGGAAAGUUCCAGGGGGCUCCACUCAUGCCAUUCCUGACACUCUUUGCCAUACCUGACACAUUAGCCCCCUGGAGUUUCCCCUUCCCAUCUCAUGCAACUGCUGAGGUCUCUUCUUUCUGCAGCUCUGCUUUUCACCCAUUUUCACCUUCAUUCCACCUACUGUUUUUCAGGCCCUUUCAUGCCCCUGCUUUCAUCUUCAACCCUAUCCCCAGCCCUCCUACUCCCUCCUUUUUCCAACUUACUUUCCAUCCCCAUUCUUACUCUUACUCCCCUUUUCCCUCCAUCCUCCUUUUCACUUUCCUCAACUCUCUCCUACACACAGAUCACUCCUCUUUCUGCACUUCCUUUUCUCUCCCCAUUUCAACCCCCUCCAUACUGAUCAUAGAACCAAAGAAUUGUAGUGUUGGAAGGGACCCUAAGGGUCAUCUGGGCCAACCCCCUGCAAUGCAGGAAUCUCAGCUA